AUGGCCCCGUUCAACGACACCUAUCAGUUGGACGAGACGCAAAAGUUCCUGAGGGCCGUCGUCAUCGCCUCCUUUACCAUCACCGGCGCCUUCGUCGCCACGAGAUGUUGGAUCCGCGUCCGCCUGCAGGCCAUGUUCAGCAUUGACGAUUACUUGCUCGUGGCCGCCCUGACGGCCUUUGCCAUCCAAACGAGCUUCGGCCUCUACGCCACCAACUACGGCGGCUUCGGCCGCAAGACGUCGGAUCUACCCCGAGACAUGUAUCUGUUAGGCUUAAAAUGGAUGACCCUCACGCAAUGCAUCUACACGCUCGCCCUCAUGUUCGUCAAGCUCAGCAUCGCGCUCCUGCAGCUGCGCGUCAUGGGGCUCUCGACGGCGACCCUCCGGCGCAUGCACCACGCGUCGAUCGCGGUGACGGUGCUCGUCGGGCUGUACGAGUUCCUCACCCUGCUCUUCCAGUGCUACCCGGACCCGGACGGCGCCGUCUUCCGGCCCGUCAUCAUCGCGCCCGCCGACUGCACCGACCGCGCGCCCAUCCUCGUCUCCGUCUACGUCUACUCGGCCGUCAACAUCGCCCUCGACUGGUACUACUCGCUCGCCAUGGUGCCGCUCAUCUGGCGCCUGCAGAACAUGAAGACCGUCAUCAAGGUCUCGGCCAUUGCCAUCCUCGGCAUGGGCGUCUUCGCCUCCGUCGCCACAAUCGUCCGCCUCAAAUACCUCGUCGGCUUCGCCGACUCCCGCGACCCCCUCUUCGCCAUCGUCCCCGUCGGCCUGUGGUCCUGGAUCGAAGAGUGCAUCGGCAUGUGCGCCGCCUGCAUCGCCACCUUCCGCCCGCUGCUGCGCCUGAUUCCCGGCCUGGUCUCGACGACGAGGGGGAGGAGCGGGAGUAGUAGUGGGGAAGGGGGGGAAGGGGGCCAAGGGGGAGGAGGGGCGGUGGGGAGUGGGAGCGGGAGCGGUGGGGGUGGGAGUGCGGCGUUUGGGACGACGUGGAAGGGGAGGUUGGAUCGGGUGGCGGAGGAGGAGAGGAGGAGGGUGAGGGUGGCGAGGAGGGUGAAGGGCGUGGAUGGGGUGAGGAUGGAGGAGUUGGAGGAGGGGAUGGGGGGGACGGUGAGGGGAGAGGAGGAGGAGGAGGGGGAGAGGGAGGAGGAGGAGCAGGGCGCGACGGCGAGGUGCGGGAUCGAUCCUGCGAUGGGGCGGGGGGUUGUGGCCUAUGUUUCUGACGAGGACGAGGACGACGAAGCCGGCGUUGACGGUGUACGUACGGGCGAUUGCUUUCUCCACCACCACCACCACCACGACGAAAACGACGAUGGAACGACGACGAUAACGACGGGUAGCGGCAAGGAUGAUAAUGUCGAGGUUCACACCGUGCUGGACGAUGCCGAUAGCCAGAAGAGUAUAUUGCAGCAAAAGUCCGCGGGGGGGCCGAGGGAAUAUUCGUGGACGCCUUGA